AACUUGGAAGGUUUGAGAAAAAGUAUCCGUCUUCAACUACAUAAGUCACCACUUUCCUUGCCCUGCAGUCUGCAGAAGCAGCAACCGAACUCACCAACAAGAAGAAGAAGAUCAAAUGGCAACGAGGGAAGGAGAAGUGGUAGUCAAGAUCGACGAUAGCGACGGUUCUUGUAGCACAGAAACAGACACUGCACCGUAUAACGGAGAACCAGCUCCAAGGACACCAGUAAUUCAGGGCUCCCCAGAAAAACUGACUGAAUCUUUCCGACGGAGGAGCAAAGAGCUUCCGGAAGCUCCCUCCAGCUCCGACGGAGCUGAGGCUGUCAUCCAAUGCAGCUCCAACGCCUCCUUCUCCCGAAGCCCCUGGAAACCCCCCAUGAGCAAGACAAAGUCCAGGCUUCUCGACCUACCAGAGGAAGUGUCUCUAAAAUCCGACAGAACGGCGGCUUCCGGACGAUCGCAUGGAAAAGACGACGACGCUUCGGCUUUCGACGACCCCGACCUUGAAGACAUUCCAGAGGAGUACAGGAAGUGGAAGUUCAGCGCGCUCACGUUGCUUCAGUGGGUGAGUCUUGUUAUUGUUAUAGCUGCUUUGGUUUGCAAUCUUUGGAUUCCGAUUUUAAAGAAGCAAACUUUGUGGGAUCUUCCGCUGUGGAAGUGGGAAAUUCUGGUUCUGGCAUUGAUUUGUGGUCGUUUGGUUUCUGGUUGGGGAAUUCGGGUGGUUGUGUUCUUCGUAGAGCGAAAUUUCUUGUUGCGAAAACGGGUUUUGUAUUUCGUUUAUGGAUUAAGGAAAUCGGUGCAGAAUUGUCUCUGGUUGGGUUUGGUCUUGUUGGCGUGGCACUUGAUAUUUGAUAAGAAGGUGCAGGAGAAGACCAAGAGUAGGAUUUUGCCUUAUGUGACCAAGAUUCUUGUGUGUUUUCUGGUUGGGACAUUGAUUUGGCUGCUGAAGACGAUACUUGUUAAGGUUCUUGCCUUGUCUUUCCAUGUCAACGCAUUUUUCGAUCGAAUUCAGGAGGCUUUGUUCAAUCAGUAUGUGUUGGAGACACUUUCAGGCCCCCCUAUGUUUGAAAGGCGACCGUCACUAGAAGAGGAAAUAGCCGCGGCAGCUGAGAUUCAGGAGUUUCAGAAAGCGGGGGCUGCUAUGCCUCGUGAUCUCAGGGCAACUCUUCUUCACGGGGCAAGGAGUGGGAGAGUUGUAGGGAGUGGACACCAAAAUAGCCCCAGAGUAGGGAAGAGUCCCACGGUUUCUAGGCCAGCAUCUGGGAAGCAAGAUGAAGGCAUCCCGGUUGAUCACUUGCAUAAGCUAAACCAAAAGAAUGUGUCGGCUUGGAAUAUGAGAAAAAUGGUAAACAUCAUCCGGCACGGGGCCUUAACCACUCUAGAUGAACAGAUACUGGACUCUGAUAUGGGAGACAACUCUUCUUUGAUGAUUACAACUGAAUCUCAAGCAAAAGAUGCAGCCAGGAAGAUAUUUUUCAGAGUAGCCAAGCCGGGGUCUCCAUACAUUUACCUCAAGGAUUUGAUGCAGUUUUUGGUUAAAGAUGAAGCUUUAAAGACAUUUCGUCUCUUUGGUGCAGCAAGUGAAGAUGACAAAAUCAGCAAGACCGCUCUUAGGAAUUGGGUGGUCAAUGCAUUUAAAGACAGAAGAGCACUAGCAUUUUCUUUGAACGAUACAAAAACAGCUGUGGAUGAACUCCAUAACAUUUUAAACGUCCUUGUAACUAUCGUCAUUUUGAUAAUCUGGCUUAUUAUACUUGAUGUUCAUUUCACCCACUUCCUUCUCUUAAUGAGCUCCCAGCUUCUUUUGGUUGUAUUUAUCUUCGGGAACACAUGCAAGACUGUUUUUGAAGCAAUCAUCUUUCUAUUUGUAAUGCACCCGUUUGAUGUGGGUGAUCGUUGUGAAGUGGAUGGAGUCCAGAUGGUAGUUGAAGAAAUGAAUAUAUUAACUACGGUCUUUCUGAAGUUUGAUAACCACAAGAUCAUAUACCCUAACAGUGUUCUUGCUACCAAGGCAAUUGCUAACUAUCGUCGUAGUCCUGACAUGGGCGAUGCUAUUGAUUUUUGUGUGCAUAUUUCAACUCCUUUGGAGAGGGUGGCUACUAUGAAAGGAAGAAUACAGAGGUAUAUUGAAGACAAGAAGGACCACUGGUACGACGCUCCAAUGUUGAUCAUGAGGGAUGUGGAGGAGUUGAACAAACUGAAGAUAUCGGUAUGGCUGACACACAAGAUGAACCAUCAGGACAUGCUGGAGAGAUGGCACAGGAGGAGCCUUUUGAUCGAAGAGAUGAUCAAAGUGUUCAGAGAGCUAGAUAUCGAGUACCGGUUACUGCCUCUCGAUGUCAACAUCCGAGCCAUGCCAAGUUCAACGUCCAACAAGUUUCCUUCAAAUUGAACAACUUGUGUCCCGGCACCAGCAAACUAACACUCUUCAACUUGGACUCUGGUAGGACUGGCAUGACGAAUGAGGGUUCUUUGGAACAUAACGUUUGAUGCUGAGAUAUAACAGCAGAGCAGAUGCUUGUAGUUCCAGACUAACAUCUGAAAUUAUGCAUAGAUUAUAGAUAAAGUGCCAAUCUCUCUGGUACUAAAAAGCUAAUAACUUAAAAAAUAAAAUUUCUCAUCACUUGUAUAAAAACAAAUGAUAUAUCAUCUGUGUUUUGAUCACAAUGAAAAAUUUCUCACUCUAAUUGUAAAGUGUAUUGUUUUUGAACUUGGGAAGGGUGCCGGGUACACCAAGUAGUUGGAUACUUGAAAUAAAAAAACUUCCACCACUUAUAUUAUCAA